AUGGGAACUUCCACAUCUACCUGCAAUACUACUAGCAACGAAUAUUCAAAGGGAUUGGCCUCACCUCCUCCCUCCUCUGCACCUUCUCCAGGGCCAAGCUCAGCAGUUACACCCACGAACCCACCUCCUGAACCCGCUCAAGGGACAAAAAAUGCAGUGAUAAAAAUUCCCAAAGCUUCUCAAUCAAAGCCCCGAAUCCGCAGCGAAAUCAUCGACGGGCCCCUCAGUACUGAACUCAAAAUCGCCAUCGAACUCCAAGACUACAAAAAAGGCAUCUACAAAAACGCCAUCAAAAACGACAAACCUCCCAUCACGGCACUCUCCGAAAUUCUCGGCUGCCAACGCCUCCUCCCCGAGGAGCGAAAAGCGAUGCAGGAUUAUCACGACGAAGCGAUCGCCAUCUACCUCGCCUUGGGGGAAGAGGAGAGAGAUGUUUCGGAGAAUAUCUGUCAGGAGACUUGGGAUGCGUUGAUGGAUGUUUUUGUUAGGAAUGCGAGGGUGCGUCGGACGGGGAUUGCGGAGAGGGUUUUGAGGGUGUAUGAUGAUGAUGAGGCGCUUAGGGGGUGGGCUAUUGUUUAUAGGGAUGGGACUUAUAGGAUUAACGAGAUUAAGUCCCGUGGGGAAGAUAGGAAGGCGAGGGACUAUGCGAAGUGGGUGGCUGCGGUGGAAUAUUUGGAGGAGAACUUUGAGGAGAAGGGGUUCAAGAAGAGAUAUGGGGUUAGUGGAUUAGGGUAA